CGGGCACACUAACGAAAAUAAAUUUGUUAUAAAAAACAACAAAUUGUGUUGUUAAAUGGCCGUGCGAACACACAACAAUCCGGCGCAGCGGUCCAGUCCAAACCAGAUCCUCGUGGCAGUCGGCAGUUAAUAAGACUGCAGAUCGGCCAGAGUCCUUUAUCAACUAUCCGCACACCCUCCAAAAGUCAGAUCGGAGCCAAACGAGGAGAUCCGGGGCAGAUCCAGAGUUACGUGAUUUCUGGCUGGGAUUCGGGUUCGGAACUGCUGGAUCAUCGAUGCCACGAUGAAUGUGCGAAAGCGGCCACGUCUGGAAAUGGAACUCGGUUCCAGCUCCUCAAUAAACUCGACUAAUCUUAGUGCUCCACCGCCUGCGAACCUUAUUUCCAGUGUCGCCAAUCACACAGCGAAUUUAUCGGAGGCCCUGGUCAGCAGUUCCUUUGCCAAUGGCCACCAGAGCCUGAUCCUCACCAGCACCGCUGGCAAUGCCCUGAUGAACAGCCAGGGCGCCCAGAUAUUCCUCACCAUCUGCGGCGAGGAGAACUCGGAGGAUUCGCAAGAGUACUAUGCCAUCAAACAGGAGCCCGGCUCCGAACUGGAUGUCCAUUCGCUGCUGCCAACAAAUUUGCAGCUGCCCACUGGCUGUGAGAUCUACCUGGUCAAGGAUACCAGCAGCCUCGUUGGCGAGCAGCCAGCGAAGGCGGCCAUCAAAUUGGAGCUGGAUACGCUAAGUGAAAAGCGGAUUCCCGCCGCGGUGGCUUCCUGCAAGCCGCAAGUGGUGAGUCAGCCGAACCAGCUGAAUCCCGCUGUCAUUCCCUCGGGUAGCACCACCACCAGUGUCCUGUACGGCUGCCACGCCCAGCGAUCCCAGCCAGAUCAAUCGGCUGCUGCUGGACAGACGAGCACCAGCAAACUGGAGGCGUACAAGAAGCGCGACGAUAAGCGUCGUGCCACCCACAACGAGGUGGAACGCCGGCGACGCGACAAGAUCAACAGCUGGAUCUUCAAGCUCAAGGAGAUGCUGCCCAGCCUGAGCUCCAGUUCCAGUUUCAGCGAGGCGAGCACGAGUCCCAGUACGAGCGGUAGUACGAGUACCAGUGGCAGUGGCAGUGCGUCCACCAGCAGCGGCAGUGGUAAUUCCAAGGGGAAUCCCAGCAGCUCCAGCGGACGGACGCCGCCGAACGACUCCAAGUCGCAGAUUCUGAUCAAGGCGUGCGAGUACAUCAAGAGCAUGCAGGGAGAGAUUGACACGCUGCGUGACUGUCUGCGGGAAGCGGAUGGCCUGAGGGCCAGCAACCAGGCGCUGCGGGAGGAGCUGGAUCGCCUGAAGCGGCAGCAGCAGCUCCAGGAGCGAUUCCACACGGCCAGCGGACGGUCGACAUUCAAUGUGACUCUGAACUCGCUGAACAGCUCGGCGACCAGCGAUCUCUUCGAGGGCAUCGAUACGACGUCCAAUCUGGCCGCCGUCUCAUCGCUGGGAUUCGGCAAGCGUGGCCUGCUCAUCAGCGAUUACGAUGAGUAGAGAGCAAGUGGAGAAUGGAGAAUGGGUGGUCCGAUAUGGUUAGGGGUUACGGGAAAAAAGAAGAAAAAAUAGAAAUACGGAGGCGGAUGGACGGACAAGCGCUGGCGCCUCCAUAAAACACAUACGCCCAUCCACCAAAGAAUGACGUGCAACGUACACGCAACGCAACACACGCAGUACAAUAAACGGACAUGACGAGUGAUUCCUUGUUAUCGCCGCUCUGUUAUAUGUUAUAUAAGAAAAGCAUAUAUAUAUAUAUAUACAUAUAUAAACAUAUAUAUGUAUGUAGAAAUGCAGUCGAACUUGGGUGACUCAAGCCAAGUUGGGCCGCUCUGAGGAGAAAAGCUGUUUGUUCUCAAUUGAGUUUAAUUAACUACUGCUACAAUACAGCUGGCUUUUGUACGCCAUAUCUGGUAUUGGUAUUAUUCCUGCCCUCCCCCCCUACCCUCCACAUAAUAUAUCGGAGAGCCCAAAAAUCAAGAAAGUGACCAUCUAACGAAUUUUUUCAGGGGAAUGGCACUUCCAUUCUCCCCUAUUUAUCGUUCACUUUCAUCUUUAGACUCGGGUUCGGAUAUUAUUUCACAAAAAAAUGUUGAUAGAAAGCUUUAAGGCAUUUUUGAUUUAUGUACAUGUUUUAUAUUAUUAUUUUUAUUACGUUUAAGGUAUACUUGUUUCGAUUCGCACAGCGAAUUAUUGAUUAAGCCAUGUUCUAAACUAUUUCUUUGUGUUCAUUAAGGAAAGCUAUUAGGUUGUGACUUUCACUUUCAGUAGGAGAAUUCUAUAUAAAAAUAUAUUUUUUUCAGGAUGUCAAGUAAACAAAUUAAUAAGCUGAAUCAAUGAAAGUUCUGGCUGAAAGUGAAAGUCCGAACUAAACUUAUAAACAUAAAUAUGUUAAACUAGUUUACGAUUUGUUAUACAAAAAGUUAGUUUUAGGUUUGGAGAAACGCGAGCUUGAGUAGCAAAAGUUCGACUGUAUAGUUGUCAGGUUUUUUUUUAAUGGAGAGCACUCAGAUCCUCAAGCAGUUUGCCAUCAUUAAAUACCUACAUAUUACCUAGAAAUAAAAACUAAACCUAAAAGCGUUAACGAUACCUACCUACUUGCAUAAAUACCUUGAACUAAUUCAUAUUUGGAGCAUGUUUGUGCUUGUUUUUUCGAUUUUAUUGUACUGUUUCUCGCACUAAUUACCUUCAAAAAACAAUGUAACGAAAUUAUAAUAUAUAUAUAUCUAGUUAUAUAUCGUAUAUAUAUUAUAUAUAUAUAAUAUAUGUAUAGUAAAUUGUACAUACGUAGUGCAAUCGAUAAACAGUGGGAAUUCGAGGGAGAGGCGGCUAGAUAGUGCCGCACUCUUCAUCGGGGGCGUGUGCACCGGUACAGAUAACGGUAUUGUUGAUAAAGAAUAAUAUUAUAUUUGAGCAAAAACUUGUUGUGAAUGUUAUAUCACUGUUUUCGAUAUACGCUGUUUCAGAAGUAUACAGAACAAAAUGUUUUAAAUACGAAUCAUUUUUAAAACCUAAAGAAAAUGCCAAAAAAAAAAACAAAAAACCAAAAUACACAAACACACACUAAGAUUUGGGAUUGUAAGAGAGGGUUGAGGGCAAUUGCAUUGUUUGACCCAUUAAACGUCGACGUCAGCCGAACAAAAAAUGGGAUCUUGUGUUACUUGUUGCUAUCUAUAUACAGUACAUACAAUAAUAUCACAUUUCUGUCAUUUGACAGCUAAUAAUUCUAUUCAAUUUCAAUAAACGAACUCAGUAAUGGUUAACACACACAA